UAUUACUCUCACCACGUGUAUUGCUUUAUCUUAUACUUAACAGGGAAAAAUGAAGAUGGUACAGUACAACAGCAUCAAGAAGAGCAAACGCUCCCCGACCCAGACCGUUGCUCGUCGGCAUCUUAAGCUCCAUCUGAAGCGUGUUAGGGACCGAGAAUAUGCCAGACUCCGAGAUAUGGUACCCUCCAUCGCUAGCAAAGACAAAGUUUCAAAGGUAACUGUAAUUGAGGAAGCAGUGAAGUACAUUGAUGAGCUGCAUAGAGCCCUUAUAGAGAGACUAAACAGCAAAGGUCUUCAAGAUGGUUUGAUAAACGAAACAAAUGUCAAAGAUUUCGUCCACAAUAUGAUGCCACAAACAUUCUUCAAGAAAGAUGAAAGUACAAGCUGUUAUGAAAAGCAACAAAAAGUUCCAUCAUUUUUAUUGCAACGAAGAGGGCCAAAAUCUUUAUAG